AUGGUUCUUCCUUUAACCAGAACGCUCGCCACUCAGGCUGAAGAGACGACUCAUUCCUCCUCCGGGAAGCAUGUCCACAAGGCUUAUAUAGCCCUAGGAAGCAACCAGGGCGACCGGAUAGCGAUGAUUGAACGAGCAUGUCUUGAAAUGGAGAGAUUCGGCAUCAGGGUCAAAAGAACGAGUUCACUCUUUCAGACGUCGCCAAUGUACGUUCUCGAUCAGGACCUUUUCCUCAAUGGCGCAUGCGAGGUUGAGACAACCCUCGGUCCAAUAGAACUGCUAGAUACGUUGCAGGCAAUUGAGAAUGGCAUGGGGAGAGAGAAAAUCAUCGACAAAGGACCUCGUAAUAUCGAUCUCGACAUUCUUCUCUACGACAAUGAAACGAUAUCACAUCCGCGGCUGAACAUUCCGCAUAAACUAAUGUUGGAACGCGAAUUCGUUCUUCGGCCACUCUGUCAAUUGGUUCCUCAUGAAAGAGUCCCCUUGCCGGGAAUGAACCUCACCUACUUAUCUGCUCUCAAUUCUCUGCCUCCAUCAGACACAGUCCCUAUUGUCACCAGUCCAAUUUCGUCUCACAUCAAGGCUCUGACUCCAUCCGACCCGAAACGAAAAACGGCCGUGAUGGCCAUCUUAAACGUCACACCAGACUCCUUCUCUGACGGCGGUCAGCAUUUUUACACCCAAGAAAACCUAUCCAGUCUCACAACCACCAUCCGCGAAUUCAUCUCAGCUGGCGCAACCAUCAUUGACAUUGGCGGCGAAAGCACACGCCCCACCGCCACCAAGGUCAGCGAAGAAGAAGAACUAUCUCGCGUCAUUCCCGCCAUAAAACAUAUUCGCUCAUUAUCCGAAGCAAACCAAAUCGCCAUCAGUAUCGACACAUACCACGCCCGAGUCGCUGCAGAAGCCUGUGCUGCUGGUGCAGACAUCAUCAACGAUGUAUCCGCGGGCCUGCUUGACCCGGACAUGCUGUCCACCAUGGCCAAAACCGGCAAAUCGGUUAUCCUCAUGCACAUGCGCGGCGAGCCGUCGACAAUGAACAAGCUAAACAAGUACCCUAACGGACUCGUUCAAGACGUUGGCGCCGAACUGCUCGCUCGUGUUCGUGCCGCCGAGGAUGCAGGCGUUCGACGAUGGCGAAUUAUUCUUGACCCGGGUCUCGGGUUUGCAAAAGUCAAGGAGCAAAACGUUGAUCUUUUGCGCCGCUUUCCAGAGUUGAGCACUGAUAUCGAAGGGUUGGAUAAUUUCCCCUGGUUGAUAGGUACCAGUCGGAAAGCGUACAUUGGCCAUAUCACUGGUGUCGAGAAAGCGAGUGACCGCGUCUGGGGCACUGCUGCAGCAGUGACUGCUAGUAUUGCUAAUGGCGCUGAUAUUGUAAGAGUACACGAUGUCAAGGAAAUGAGCCAAGUCGCCAAGAUGGCUGAUGCUAUUUAUCGGAUUUGA